UACGCCGAAACGUAAACAUUAAUCAGUGAAGUGUACGAUGAUCCAGUGAACUUGAAUAAAAUUUGAUACAGUGUAUGAGUGAAUGAACAAAUUUCAAUGCGAUCAAAGACAAAUGUAUAUAGAAAAUGUUUCAAUUUGUGACUUUUUUAUUAGUGACUUUGAGUGUUAUUUCCGCGUAUGUUACGAGAGCUUCGGAUAAUUGUAGAAAGGAUUUUGAUGGUGAUAAAAGCACAACUUUGUGCCAUGUACGGACGCUUGAAACAAAUGCAUCAAAUCUUGCAUCAGCAUCGUUUGAAAGUACGAAAAGUUUAACAGUUGAGUGCAACCAACUUCUGUUGUUCGAAAGUUAUCUUGAAGCAAACUAUUUUCAAAAAUUCGGAACAUUGGAGGAAUUAACUUUACGCAACUGUAAACUUCUUCGUAUACCUGGGAAUGCGUUUGAAGGAUUACGGGAACUAAAAAAAUUAUCGAUACGAACCAAAAACUAUGAUUGGAGCUAUAAUAAAAUUUUAGAACUUUCCCUUGGAACGUUCAAUGGUCUUCGGGAAUUACAGUCGCUCGAUUUGGGAAAAAAUAAUUUGAAAACAAUACCUUCAGAUGUGUUUUGCCCAUUAGAUAAUUUGCAGACGUUGAACAUCACUUACAAUAAAAUCAAGGCUAUAGAUCGUCUUGGCUUUGGAAAAAGUUGUGGAUCUGGCCUGAGGAACUUGGAUCUAAGUUAUAAUGAAAUAAAAUCCUUGAGUGAAGAAUCAGAGAUAUCAGGACUUCGUCGUCUCCUGGAACUAAAACUUCAACAUAACAACAUCAGCGAUAUUUCAAGUGAAAUAUUUAACGGACUCAUUUCUUUACGCAUAUUGAAUAUUUCUCAUAAUCACCUGCAUACCCUACCCGAGGGCACAUUCUCUAAUACGAAAGAGUUGCGAGAAAUAUAUUUGAAUAAUAACCUACUAUUUGAAUUAGCCAAAGGCGUUUUCCAUCGAUUAGAACAGCUGCUUGUCUUAGAUUUAUCGAAUAAUCAACUCUCGAGCGCUCACGUCGAUGGCGGAACAUUCAUUGGUCUUAUACGCUUAGUCAUUCUGAAUUUAUCCAAUAAUGCCUUGACGAGGAUAGAUGGUAAGACGUUCAAGGAUUUAUUCUUCCUUCAAAUAUUAGAUUUAAGAAAUAACUCAAUUGGAUAUAUUGAAGAAAACACUUUCCUUCCACUGUAUAAUUUACAUACCAUAAACUUAGCUGAAAAUAGAUUACACACUAUUGAUGAGUUCCUUUUUAAUGGCUUGUUUGUUUUAAGUAAAUUAAAUUUAAAUAACAACCUUUUAAUAAACAUCGAUGCAAAAGCAUUUAAGAACUGUUCCGAUUUAAAAGAAUUAGAUUUAAGUUCAAACCAGUUAACUGACGUUCCUAGAGCGAUAUGGGAGUUAUCAGUAUUAAAAACUUUGGAUUUGGGAGAAAAUUUGAUAAAUGAUAUUAAGAAUGGGUCAUUUAAAAAUUUAGAUCAGCUAACUGGUUUGAGAUUAAUCGAUAACCAAAUUGGAAACCUAAGUGUGGGCAUGUUUUGGGAUUUACCAAGCCUUCAAGUAUUAAAUUUAGCAAAAAAUAAAAUUCAGGCUGUUGAAAGAGGAAGCUUUCAACGAAAUAAACAAUUAGAAGCCAUUCGAUUAGAUGGCAAUUUCAUAUCGGAUAUAAACGGUGUGUUUGCGACCUUAUUGAGUUUACUUUGGCUUAAUUUGUCGGAAAAUCAUUUAGUUUGGUUCGAUUAUGCGUUUAUUCCUAGCAACUUAAAAUGGCUAGAUGUACAUGGAAAUUUCAUAGAACAUUUAGGUAACUACUAUAAGCUUCAAGAUCAAAUUAGAAUAAAAACAUUAGAUGUUAGCCAUAACCGCAUAGUAGACAUAUCUCCAUUAGCAAUCCCAAACAGCGUAGAACUAUUGUUUAUAAACAACAACCACAUUAACAAUAUUCAAGUGAACACAUUUAUGGAUAAACUUAAUCUCACUAGAGUUGAUAUUUAUGCAAAUGAGAUAUCUCAUUUAGAUAUCAACAGCCUUCGGUUAUCGCCAGUCCCCUUGAAUAAGACGUUGCCGGAGUUCUAUAUAGGAGGAAAUCCGUUCGAUUGCGAUUGUUCUAUGGAGUGGCUGCCUUUAAUAAAUAACAUGACUGCUAUGAGACAACACCCAAGAAUUAUGGAUCUUGAGAACGUUCUAUGUAAAAUGACUCAUACGAGGGGUGUAACCCACAUCCCAUUAAGUAACUUAAAAUCAACAGAUUUCUUGUGUACAUACGAAACUCAUUGUUUUACGCUAUGUCACUGUUGUGACUACGUUGCUUGUGAUUGCCAAAUGACUUGUCCUAAUAAUUGUUCUUGUUACCACGACCCUACCUGGCACACGAAUGUAGUUGAUUGUUCUAGUCAAAGCGCUGUUGAAAUACCAGAAAAAAUUCCUAUGGACGCAACUGAGGUCUAUUUAGAUGGGAAUAACUUUAAAGAAUUGCAAAAUUAUGCAUUCAUCGGCAGAAAAAAUAUGAGAUCUCUUUAUGUAAAUUCAAGUGAAGUUGAAAAUAUACAUAAUAGAACAUUUGCCGGUUUAUCUUCCCUCGUUAUUUUGCAUCUGGGGAAUAAUAAACUGAAACAUAUAAAUGGAUACGAGUUUGAGCAUUUGACCUCCCUUACUGAGCUUUAUUUACAAGAAAAUUACAUAGGCUACAUUGAAAAUAACACAUUUUCAAGUUUGCUCUCUUUGAAGAUUUUAAGAUUAGAUGGGAAUAGGUUAGUAGACUUUUCAAUUUGGAUAUUAACUUUAAAUAAGAAUUUAAAUAGCAUUUCAAUAGGGAAUAACAUGUGGUCUUGUAAAUGUAGAUACUUGCAAAGAUUUACAGCUUAUAUAUCUGAAAAUGUUCCUAAAAUAGUAGAUUUGGCAGAUGUAUGGUGUUCAAAUUUAGGGCAGUCACCACAAAAGAAAGAACUAAAUCUUAAUGGUACCAUAUGUAGUGACUAUUAUGCUAGUGAUACGGCGAUAGACAAUAUGCUUAUUACAAAUUACAUGCCAAUGAUGGUGACCUCAUUCACUGGAUUUAUGUUAAUCCUACUAGUUACUCUUAUUAUAUUUUUAUGUAGAGAUACAAUCAGAAUAUGGCUUUACACUAGCUGUGGAAUACGAUUUUUUCCAUUUGCCGGAGCAUAUGACGAUACAGAUAAAUUAUACGAUGCAUAUAUAUGUUACAGCCCUAAAGAUGAUGAUUUUGUUAUACAAACACUAGCUGCCGAGUUAGAAAAUGGUAGCCCGUCAUACCAUCUCUGUUUGCAUUAUAGAGACAUUCCACAGCCUGGGGUAGCAUAUAUGCAAUAUACACUGCCUCUGCCUGAAGCAGCUGAAGCAUCAAAGCGUAUUAUUCUUGUUUUAACAAGAAAUUUUCUAGAAACCGAAUGGUCCCGCUUCGAGUUUAAACAGGCCCUACAUGGCAUCUUAAAAUCUCGCAUUUACACUUUAGUGAUUAUAGAAGACAAUUCAGUUUUGGAUGAAGCCCAAUGCGAUCCAGAUUUGAGGCCAUAUUUAAAAACUAGUUUACGAAUAAAAUGGGGUCAGAAUAAGUUCUGGGAAAGAUUACGCUAUGCAAUGCCCGAUCGUAAGUAUAAGUCGAAAUCCUCUAGUUUUAGAAACAAUAUCAGCACUUACUCAAUGAGAAGUGGUGUUCAGAAUGGCACAAUGAGGUCAUUUUCCUUUACGGAAAAAAUGAGAGGGCCCGGGGAUGGUGUUGCCGCGGCUCCUGAAUUCUUAGAUAGCCGUUCACAACAUGUUCAGACCGCUUAUGGUUCCGAUGGUAGGCCACCAUCAGAUCAUAUAUAUUCAUCUAUAGAUUCAGAUUACUCAUCGUUAGAGUUAGGUGGUAGUAAUCCUAAUCGAAGACGAGACUUUAGGCAUUGGCCACCUCCUCCUGCUUUAAUUGAUACUCAACAUUCUGGUGGUCAAGCGUACCUUGUCUAGUCUUCGCUUCUAAAUGUUUGAAUUAUAUAAAUGUAGUCAAAGCUUCUUGUGUAAAUUGUUAUUAUAAAGUACGCGCUUUACCAAAUAAUUAAGAAUCUAAUCUAUUUUUGUAAUUUAAAGCCAUUAAAAAGGGCGUUGAUUUCGGAAUGUUGGUGUAAAUAAAUUCUAUAAG